AUAUACUUCUUGGCCCGGCUUCACAAUUUUCUCUAGCUCCAAACUUUCAAAUACUAACGUUGGUCUACUGAAGUUCUACAAAAAAUGUAUAUAACCCCACUUGAAUAAGGUUAAGUUGGUCUGUAGUAUUAUACUUGUUCUCCUUGUCAAGAAACAAGCGCAGUGUUUCAUGUUUACGACUUCUUCCCAUUUAUUUUAUUAAAGACUGGAUCAUCAAGUGUUAACCAACUUUAAUUUCAUGCUGAAGUUCAUUUGAGAAACGUAUCCCAUAAUAAGUAAGGAAGGAAGCCCCCGUUCUUCGAUGUAAAUAUCCCAUCUUCUUUCGAUUCAACACAAGACGACACUAGUGUCAUCUAUCGUCCUUUCAGGGUGGGGAUAUGUAUAACCAGCUUCUGACGUAACUCUCCAGCAGUCGACUUAAAAGUCUACACCCAGAUCUUCAGUUAUAUUUCAGUACUUAUAGCUUAUCGCUUGCUCUCAAUACUUGUUGUCGUCAUAACUUACAUCCAAAUGCUGAUCAUAACAACUGGUGUUAACUGUGACUUAAUUGCGCCGAAAAGAAAUUCCCUCCCAGUGGCAGUAAAGGCAACGGUUUCAUAUCUUAACUUUAUCAGAUUUUGGGGAAUAAAGAGAAUGGCAAAAACAUUCAGUCGAAGAAUGAAAUCUUUGGAUACUUGGAAGAUGGACCAAGAAGGAUAGCCAAGAUCGGGUCUAAAACGGACAAACCCUAAAUAAAACGACGGACGCUGACUUCCCUGGCAUCGUUACUUACUUAGUGAGCACACACAGAUCGCAGCAGUCUGUUUCAGGAAUAAGAAAAACUAAAAACGCAAACCGCAGUCAUGAAUCUUUUUCGCAAAAAGAAAAUCACUAUCAGUGAGCGGGAGCCCUCAUAUAAAGUACGUUACCUUGGAAACGUACAGACUAGUAUGACUAAAGGAGAGGGGUGCGUGGACAAGCCCGUGUCUCUCCUGUGGAAUAACUAUCUGACACGGCCCGUACCUGCUAUGGAAAUGGACUUCUCCAUCAGCGCAUCCGGUUUGAAAGUAUACACUAGAGAACAGGGGAUGACGGAAUAUUCUGCACACCGGAUUUUAUACUGUGUAGCCCACCCUGAGUAUCCAAGGUUAUUUGCAUGGGUUUAUAGACACGAGGGGAAGAAAAUGAAAGUGGAAUUACGUUGCCACGCUGUGUUGUGCUCCAGCAAGCACAAAGCCGAGCAAAUUGAGACUCAGUUAAAAGCGAAAUUAAAAGAGGCACUCACGGAGUUUAUGAGGGAGAAAACCAGACGGCAGAACUCUCGCCUGGCAAGAUCCCAGUCUUUGGGAUCUGCGGGACAGCCACAGGUGCCCCUACGGAAAAAACUCCUCAGUCCCGGACAGAAUUUUAAGCCACCGAUCGAAAGGUCACUUAGCGCGCCAAAACUGAUCGCAAUUUGUGAGGACGGGGAGUCGGAGCAUAUUGAGUCCAACGCGAAAUUUGGAGCCUCUAUGUGUAUCGUUGAGGAGGAGGAGGAAGAAGAAGAAGAAGAGGAAGAGGAAGAUAUUAUGGAUAGAUCAAUGGAAUGUUCGGAAUCUAGCGCGGAAGCAGACGACUUAAGCGCAAUAAAUUUCGUAACGGCAUUGGAGGACUUGGAGGAGCUAAGUUUCGAGGACUCAGACACUGUUGAGGUCAUCAACAACCAUAAGUAUUUAAAUGGUGACGAUUUAUCCGAUCAUAUAGUUGACCUUGACCUUGAGGAUUCAGAUGAUCCACUGUUUGCUGACAGGGGUUGCAAGGAUAGCCAACUCGCGCCAAGUGAUAGCGACGGCGCAAGUUCCGAGUCAGGGUUUUCCGAGCAAAAUGACUCGCAGAAACAAGAACAUGGCGGACAUCAUUCUUUGACCAAUGGUUUCCUCAAGACAGAUACGUUACAGAGCAUAUCUGAAAAUUCUCAAAGUGACUCCACCUCCACCUUGUCAGGGCAUACGGAGAGGUUGUGAAAUGAACGGUUUAGAAUCUAGCUUCGAAUCUAUUAAAUCGCUCAAACGUAUAUUUUUUCUACUUUUACAAAGCGUGCAUGGGACAAAUCAAUGUGGUACCUCGUUCAAAUAUUUAAAAAUGUGCAAACGAUUUCGAAAAGAUGUCUGCCAAAGUCUGCACCUGGAUGUAAACACCGAAUUGUGGAUGGAUAACCGUGUUUUGUCCCUUCAUGAUACCGCCAUGCGUUCAAACAGACGGCGCCAUGCAAUGUAAAGAAAAACGGAACGAUGAUCUUAUAACCAUUGAAUUUUGUCCCCAGAAACAAUAACUUUUUGCUGUUUUGAAUAUCGCGUUGUGCAAAGUUAGUCUGGGACAUUGUUAAGAGUCAAAUUCAGUACCCAAGACUAUAAGGCUCAAAAAUUGACUGACUUGAUGUCGUCCUUACAAUGUGUUCAGCGGAGAAUGUCCUUUUUAUGGAUCACAAGUAUUAAGAUUAUUGUUGCGCUAGAUUUAAUAUCCUGCUAAGGCUCAUUAUGGAUGAUGAAAUAAUAUAUGUCAGUCGGAGUUGUUAAGUUAUUAAUUGUUUCACCCGCACAGGCAUGCAGACCAUAGCCGUGAGAGCACCUUGCAAUGAUCAUAAUAUGUACCUGACCUUCAAAUAAGGUCUGUCCUUCCGUGAAAUAUUAACACUUCUGUUAUUAUCCAAGUCAUAAAAAACUGAUGGUGUUUUCUGAAAGUGCUUGGGAGGACUUGCCUAUAUGACCAAUAAAUGCACCGAAUUUCGGAUUUUCUUGCAUUAAGAUGUUCAGAAGUCCUCGGCGGCACAAAUCUAAAUUUUAAAUGCUCAUCAUAUAGUAACUGAACAAGAAUCAAAGUUCUUCGAAGCAACUUUAGUCCAUUUAUGCAAUAUCCAGUAAUCUUAUAUAUAUUCUAUGUGAAGUGGCUGAGACAGUGCUCCGUGCAUAGUCAUGGUAAAAGUCAAAGUCUUCUCAGGAUGUGGAGACUAAUGGUCAAUAUAUAUUGCAAUACGAAAUCUUUGUAUCUUUGUAUAGAAUGUAGUUAGCUAAUAUAAUAAUAUUAAUCCUGCUGUGCAGACAUGCAUUAUAUAUAAUAUGCCAUUAUGGUGAGAUAGUUUUCUUUUAUUGUCAGUUGCCUUUUUUCCAAUACUCCCUUUAUUCGCGUCUUAUUCUCUCAUUAUAUGAUGUGGUUAUUUCUUUGUGGACUAUUUUAGCCUUUGACGUAAUAACGUGAUUAUUAUUUUCUCCUUGCGGUUUUUAUGUGUCCCAGAGGUUUUAAAGGAUAGCAAGAAAGCCUAUUUAGCUGCAGUUGUAUGUAUUAAUCCUUUAGUCUUUGUAACUACUGAUCAUUUUGGAAUCACUUUUGGUCACUUUAAAAAUAAGGUGUAAUCCGACUUGAUAUUUUGUCGCAAUGCACCGAAAUGGGCAUACCGUCUCUGGAUAAAGCUCCCAAAUUUUGACCCAUUUAAUCUUAUGAAACUUUUGUAGAUAUGUUGUUUAUUUUGUAUCUUCUAGCAUAUCCAUCUUUUGUAUAUUUUUGUUUAGGGCAACGUUUGACAUUAGUGGGUAAACGUGCACUUAUAAAUUCAUCUGCUUUGAAAUAACGCCGCUCUUAUAACGAUUUUUACUAUUUUCUGACUAUUGAUACUGCAACAAAAAAUGCAUGAAAAGAGAAAUUUAUGGACAGGCGAUGGUGAUAUAUUAAAAAAGACCCAAACAUUUUGAACCUGGUUUCUUACGGGGGGGGGGUCUAUAGGUUAUAAAUGGGGUUACCCCUUCCCCUGCUUCAUUUUCCUCAUUUAUUUAUUUAUUUAUUUAUUUAUUUAUUUAUUUAUUUAUUUAUUUUGAAUCUUAAUAAUAGGCGGAGUUUUGAGUUAUGGAAGGUUAAGCUACAGAAUUUCGAUAAUGGCUCCAUUUGGACAUAUGGCACCGGUGAUAUUUUCAUUCAUUUACUUUUGCUUACAUAUGUUACUUGGCAUGCGUUACUUUUAUGCAAUAUCCUUUUCAGCUGUUGCCAAUGGCGCAUUUUGUAUAAAAAUGGCACGAAAGUCCGAAUGGCUGAAUUUGAUUUACUUAAGUUCCCUUCAAACCAAAGCUGCAUACAAAAUGAAUUGUUCAUGUCAUUAUACGAGGCAAAGACGAAUCUACGUAGCAAAGUAAGCGCCUGUUUACAUUUUAUAUUCCAUAUAAAAAGUCACAGAUCCGUGUCACUAAUGUUCAAUAGUUAAAGUUCUCUUUAUGACAUUGACACUGUUUCUAGGUAUAUAUAUA